GAACAAAAUUUUUAUAUUAGUAAAAUAACUGGAAUUUAAAUGUAUUAUGACAGAUUUUGCAUUUCUUACUGGAUCCGUAGGCUACUCCAAUGUAGGCCAUUCUCAAUUACAUUUACACUACACUUUGUGCGUAUGAGAAAAGCUAUGUGAUAUGUCCCGUUUCCCGCAUUUAUUUAUUUAUUUAUUUCCAUGUAAACUGCAGUCUUCAUAUAAAAACAUUGAUGGUUGAAUUUUAGCCCAGCGUUGAGGGCCCAGCUAGAUGUGAACAGAAUCUCCCAGUAAGCCCAAACCUCCGUGUUUUUACAGCGACAUGGUUCGACCAAGACCGCGGGAAUACAAGGCAGGGGAUCUGGUUUUCGCCAAGAUGAAGGGAUACCCGCACUGGCCAGCGAGGAUUGAUGAGCUUCCAGAAGGAGCUGUCAAACCUCCUGGCAACAAAUAUCCGAUCUUCUUCUUUGGAACCCAUGAAACUGCAUUCUUAGGUCCAAAGGAUCUUCUUCCCUACAAAGACUAUAAAGACAAAUUUGGCAAGUCUAACAAGAGAAAAGGUUUCAAUGAAGGCUUGUGGGAGAUUGAGAACAACCCUGGAGUGAAGUUCACAGGUUAUCAGGCCAUCCAAAAACAGAAUUCAUCAGAAAAAGAAGAGGGAAGAAACACCGUUGAUGGCAGCAGCGAGGGGGAUGAUGCUUACUCUGAGGAAGAACAUAACAAGAAACAGUUGGAGGAAGACAAGACUGAAUCUAAACGAAAAAAAAACAGCCUCUUCUAAGGUAUGAUGUGACAAGAAGAUGCAGGCUGGAAAUGAAGCGAGUUGAGAAAGUAGACUUUAUAAGUAUGACCAGACACUUUAAGUGCUUGUGUUAUUUUGUCACGUAAUUCAAAGUGUAAUUUAGAAUACCUGGAUGCAAUAACUACCCUUUACCAUGUCCUUGAUUGUGUAUGGGAAGGGGUGGUUUAUAAUACUUCUAGACAUUUUAUUUGUAAUUUCCCAUCAAAGAGGGACUUUGGGGAGUUUAUGGUGUAAACAAUUUAAAGAACCACCAAAAACAAAAUACUAUAUCAGAAAUCAUUAGUCCAGCAAUGAAUAAAUCCUGUUAUAUUUGUAUUUCUAGCGUUUGGUUUUGGCCUCUCAUUGUACAUUCCUUUUACCAUUUCAAGCAUGCUCUUAAAGGUCUUGUAAUCAUAGUAAAAUGAAGGGGUUUCAUGUACUUUGUAUAUAUUUCAACAUUUGAGGGAUUUACUGUGGUUUUACACAAACUCUUCCAUGUUGUUUCCUUGUGUGUUCUGCAAAUGUUGACCAGCAGCUACUAUCCCAGAUAGCAAAAUAUGAGUGAAUCAAUGUAGAAAUGUGGUUGGGCAGAACUAUUGAAUCAAUGUUGAAGCCUGACAUUUAAAUUAUAGGUAAAGAGGACGAUGACUUACAUGUUCAAUCAACGUUAAGUUUUCAACCAUAACUGAUACUAUAUCAAUGUUGAUUGAACCGUCAUCUACAUCUGAUGAAUCAAUGUUAUUUCAACGUUGAAUUAUGGUUAGGCAGAAAUAUUGAAUCCACGUUGAAGCCUGACAUUUUAAUUAUACAUAGGCAGAAAUAUUGAAUCCACGUUGAAGCCUGACAUUUUAAUUAUACAUAAAGUGGUCGGUGACCAGAGGUGUCAAGUAACUAAGUAAAAAUGCUUUGUUACCUUAUUUAAGUAUAAUUUUUUGUUAUUUAUACUUUAGUGGAGUGAUUAUUUUUUACCCUACGUUUUGCUUCUUCUCCUUACGUUUUCAAGCAAUUAUCUGUACUUUCUACUCCUUACAUUUUACAAAUAGUCUAAAGUUUUCAGCUUGUCUUUGUUCUGGCUUGUCAGUAAAAAAAAAACAAUCGAAACAAUCUGAUAAAUAGCGCUACCCGAACAAAGUGAUUUUGAUUAUGGUUGCAGGCAGUAGUGCACCAAGUUAUUUGUCAAACGCCCCAACAAAAACUUAUGAAGAAGAACAAAGCGUAGAAGAACAUUGUAUUUUUAGGAUUAUUUUGGUAUUUUUCUUUUUUGAUUAACUGAAAACACUGAAUACUGUAUACAGACAACCACACAAGGGUAAUUGUUAUAGGAGGGUAAUGCACUCACAAUAAAGUCCAGUUUUGCUAUCUUA